UCUGAUAGUAGACGAUAUUGAAUUUUUAUUUCAAAAUAAACAUAACCUAAUAAAUAUUCUACAAUUCUAUGAAACAUUCGUUCAUGAUAACAUAUUGUUACGUUAAAUAUAAUAGUGACAUUAUUAUAGUGAAUAGAUAGAAUAAUUAUAGUGCAGUAUAGUGCACUAUUAUCUAAUUAUUAAAAAUAGGAUAUUUUUCAUGUAAAAUUUUUUAAUACUAAUUUUUGAAUUUACAUAAAAAUAUGUAUAUUAUAUAAACUUUAAUUUUAAUUUAAUAAUAAAUUUUAUUUGUAUUAUUUCUUAUAUAUUGUUAUUUAAAAUAAUUGAAAUAAAUUAAAAUAAAUUAAACAAUUAUCACUAAUAUUUAUUGAGACGUAUAUAUAUAUUCAUAGAAUAUUCACGUUUAUUAAAAUGAAUCAUUAAGGCAAAUCAACAAUUCGUGAACAUUGUUCGCAAUAUUUUGUCAAUGUAUUGUAUUCGUUAUAGUCAAUGUAUAGUAUAUCGUUCACAAAAAUGUCUAUAUUACAUAAUAUAAUUUAUGAACUGUUGCAAAUUAUUCGUGAAUAACAAUAUGAAAUUUUAUUUGGUUAAAAUAAUCAAACCAAAUGACAAUGCUGUUAUGAUGACAAAUAUUGCAACUUGAAUUAUUAGCUAACAAAUUAAUGAUUAACAAUAUUAACAAUUUUAUACUGUUAUAAUUUAUGUUUAUGAAUAAUUAAUUCCGUAAAUAAAUUAAUAUAUGAAAAAAUAUCUUAUUUUUAAAUUUUAGAAUUGUGAAUUUAAUUCUAAUUCCCUAAAGUUUUAAUCAUAUGAUUUUGUUUGUAUUCGAUAACUCGAUUCAGUCAUUAAGUUGCCAGCAAAUAGUAUAAAAUAGUCAGGAAUGACAUAGAAAGUAGAAGAGUGGGAGAGCAAUGUUAUACAAAUAUUUUAUUGUGAUGUAAUUUUCAUAUCAUUCUAGAAAUAGUUUAAUAUUUCAAUACAGUAACGUGCAAUGUCACUUUUUUAAACUCUUACGCUAUUGCUGACCAUUUUACUCCGCUUACUAAAAAAAGUUCCAGAAUUGCAAUUCUAAUAUUUAUAAAAAAUAUCAUCGUAUUAUCUUUUUUAUGUUUGAAGUAAUUGUGCAUAUAAUACACAACACGAGGAUUAAUAUUUAAGAUAUUCUAUUACAUUAAUUUUAUUACAUCAUGGAAAAAACAGGUUUAUUAGUUUUAACAAAUCCUGCGAGAAUAACACAAUUAUUACCAAUUAUCAAGAAACAUGUAUCAGAAACUUUAUAUAUUCAAUAUUUACCGUGCAAGAAUAUUUUUAGUGAAAUAUUGCAUAUAGAUUAUACAUGGGGAAUAAAUCGUUUCGCUCAAGCAAUUUCCAAUAUUUAUAUCUAUACAUCUUCUAUAUCUGAUCAACUUGAUAUUCGUGUGUUACUUACAAGUAUAAAAGAACGUCAUAUACGAUUACAUACUAAGAAACAUGUGGAAAUAGUUAUUUUUGAUCAAAAUUGUAGCAAAAGCCAAGCUGAUAAAUUCAUCGAAAGAUAUUUAUUUUCCAGUUUUAUUACUUGUGUUAUUCCUACUGAUGAUUUGGAAUUAGAAAAAACUAAAAAAUAUCCAUUACAUUUUCAUGGAUUAUUUUUUGAUGUUAAUGAAAAAAAAAAUGAUAAAAAUGAUGUUAAUGAAAAAAAAAACGAUAAAAAUGAUGUUAAUGAAAAAAAAAAUGAUAAAAAAACUUAUAAGAAUGUAGUACUUGGUGGUACAUUUGAUCGAAUACAUAAUGGUCAUAAAAUAUUUUUAAGUGAAGCUUUAUUACGUUGUACAGAAAAACUUACAAUUGGUGUAACUGAUCAAUCUAUGUUGUCUGGAAAAUUAUUAUGGGAAUUAAUAGAACCUUGCUCCUUAAGAAUGUUUAAUUUGGAAGAAUUUUUAAAAGAUAUAGAUAGUACUAUAAAAUAUGAAAUUGUGGCUAUAAAUGAUUUAUAUGGUCCAACUAAAUAUGAUUCCACAUUUGAAAUGAUAGUAGUUAGUGAAGAAACAAAAAAUGGUGCAGAUAAAAUAAAUGAAUUAAGAGUAAAAAAAAACUUAAACAAAUUAGAUAUUCAUGUUAUAAAAAUUAUAACUGAUGAGCAUCAUAAAGAACAUGAAGAAAAUAAAAUCAGUUCUAGUAAUCAAAGAAUACGAUUAUUAGGAACAAAACUUUACGCUCCUCGAAUUGAAAAUAAACCUUUGAAACCUUACAUUAUUGGUUUGACUGGUGGUAUAGCAAGUGGGAAAUCAUCAGUAGCUGAGAAAUUAAAAAAAUUAGGUGCUGCUCUUGUUAAUUGUGAUAAAAUAGCACAUGAUUUAUAUUUACCUGGUAAUAAGUGUUUUGAUGAAAUUGUUAAUAAUUUUGAUUCUACUAUUUUAAAAUCCGAUGGAUUUAUUGACAGAAAAAUACUUGGACAUAUAGUAUUUAAUGAUAAAAAUCAAUUAAACAAAUUAAAUGAAAUUCUUUGGCCCAUGAUUUUAGAAGAAGCAAAAAAACAGAUAAAUGACUUUAAUACAAAAGGAUUUGAUAUAAUUGUAAUGGAAGCUGCUGUUUUAAUUCAAGCAAAGUGGCAACACGAAUGUCAUGAAAUCUGGACUUGCAUUAUUCCACAAAAAGAAGCUAUACAACGAAUAAUGGAAAGAAAUACAUUAACAGAAACUGAUGCAAAAUUAAGAGUUCAAGCUCAAUUAAAUAAUAAAGAUCAAGUUGAUGAAGCUAAUGUUGUAAUAUGCACUUUAUGGAGUCAUGAAAUUACUGAAGGACAAGUGCAAAAAGCUUGGAAUGAAACAAUGGCAUUUUUAAAUAAUCAACAAAAAAAUUGAAUUUUAUUAUUACAAAAUUAUAGUUAAAAUUGUUAAAGUUUUAUAGAUUAUUUUAUAUUAUAUAUUAUUAUGUUAUAUUUUAUAUAUUAUUAUUUUUAUAGAUAUUUAUAGAAAUAUUGUUUAUUAUUUUAAUAGGUUGUAUACAAAUUAUAUAAUAUAUUUAUUAUAUUUGAGAAAA